AUGUUGCAGGCUAUCAAGUACAACCAGGGUAACCUGGAAAUUCUCGAUCAGCUUCAGCUACCAUUUGUGGAAAAGUAUAUCCCCAUCAAGUCUGCAGAGGAUGGAUGGCAUGCCAUCAAGGAUAUGAAGGUGCGAGGCGCCCCUGCCAUUGCCAUCGUGGCGAUGCUUGCUCUCUCCGCAGAACUCCAUUUGCUUCGUGCAGCGAACAAUGUUUCCGAGUCCCCAGAGGAGAUCCGAAACCUGAUCGUGACAAAGCUGGAUUAUCUGGUGACGAGUCGGCCUACCGCCGUCAAUCUGAGCGAUGCUGCUCGCAAGCUUUCUACCCUAACGACAACCCAAGCAACUCGACCGGGGGUGACUGGUCCCGAAAUCGUGGAAUCAUUCAUUCAAGCUGCCCAGGAAAUGCUAGGGAAGGAUCUGGAGGAUAACCAGCGCAUUGGACAUCACGGAGCUGAAUGGAUCAUGACUCAUGCAACCAAAUCCGACACUGUUUCGGUUCUCACCCACUGCAAUACCGGUUCUCUGGCCACCUCAGGCUACGGCACAGCAUUGGGGGUGAUCCGUUCGCUGUCGUCUAAAAACGUACUGCGACAUGCCUAUUGUACAGAGACAAGACCUUACAAUCAAGGAUCUCGUCUAACGGCCUUUGAAUUGGUUCAUGAUAAAAUUCCUGCCACGCUUAUCACCGACUCUAUGGCAGCCGCUUUGCUGGCUGAUGCGAAAGUGGGGGUGGGUGCUAUUGUGGUCGGGGCAGACCGAGUGGCAGCCAACGGAGAUACAGCCAAUAAAAUCGGUACAUACGGGUUGGCAGUCUUGGCCAAGCAUCAUGGCAUCAAGUUCUUGGUCGCAGCACCCCUCACAACCAUCGACCUGGCGACAAGUUCUGGGAGCGAUAUCAUCAUCGAACAACGACCGGAAUCUGAGGUAACGAGCAUCAAGGGCCCUAGAGACGGGACCGAGGCCACGGAUACUGUGGUCCUGGAUACCGUGCGUAUUGCUGCACCUGGCAUUGGCGUCUGGAAUCCUGCGUUCGACAUAACUCCCGCGGCCUUGAUAGACGGGAUCAUCACGGAGGUUGGCGUGGUCGAGAAAGACCCUACCGGCCACUUCGACAUGGCCGGGCUGUUCAACAAUUCGACUGCUCGGUCUUGA